CACUUCUCUCUCUCUCUCUCUCUCUCUCUCUCUCUCUCUCUUCUGUAGGAAAAUUGAAUUGCAAUUUGCAACUGUACAUUGAUGAGACUAAAGCUUUCAAGCCCCUCCCCACCCUUCAAAAAGUUCAAAAACUACGCGUCCUUUCCAACACUCACACUCACACGCACAACCAAACACCCCAAAACCCUAAUCUCGCUCUCUCUGGCAUCUCUCUUCAGAUUCAUGCUCAAUUUUCACAGCCGAUUACAAUCUCAACCGAUCCUGGUCGAUUCUCAUGGACGACGACAAAGACAACCGCGAUCCAGUUAGCAAGACCGAGUUCACGACUCAGUCCACCUGGCCACUCGACUCGGACAGCGCCUACUUCUUCUCCAGCCACGACGUCAGAGACAACACACUCCUCACUGAAUUCGGCUGGAACUUCCACCCGGACGGCUCCAGACCCGACGGCUUUUCGGAACUUGACCCGAUCGGAACCCGCGACAUGUCCGAUUUGACGGCAACUAGUAGCCAGCUUGUUGCGGACUGCUUGCGACCCGCCGACAGCAGCAGCAGCAGCACCGCGGCGUUUCGGAGCUCCGACCCGGCCCCCGUCGUCGGAUCCGCUUCGACGAACCCGUCCGUUUCGUCGACCUCCAGCGAGGAUCCGCCGGAGAAAUCAACGGGGUCCGGCGGCAAACCACCACCUGAGAUACCGAGUAAGGUUAAAAAGAAGGGGCAGAAGAGAAUCCGGCAGCCACGAUUUGCAUUUAUGACUAAGAGUGAAGUUGAUCAUCUUGAGGAUGGGUACCGCUGGAGGAAAUAUGGACAGAAAGCUGUCAAAAACAGUCCCUUUCCAAGGAGCUACUAUCGCUGCACAAAUAGCAAAUGCACAGUGAAGAAAAGGGUUGAACGUUCCUCUGAAGAUCCCACGAUUGUAAUUACCACGUACGAAGGCCAACACUGCCAUCAUACCGUUGCAUUCCCCCGGGGCGGAGUGAUUGCUCCAGAAUCUGGCUUUGCAGGCCACCAGUUGGCGCAGCUGCCUCCAGUCAGCUCACACUUCAUGUAUUAUCCUGCAAUUCAACCCAGAGAACGAGUUAGUCCUGUUAACUUGACACGAACGACUUCGCACCAAUUAGCAUCCCCACGUGGUGAUGAUGAUGAUGAUGAUGAUCAAGCUGCAGGAGGAGGAUCAUCCCACAGCCUUGAUCCACAGACAAGUGCAGUUCCUACAGAUGAAGGGCUUCUUGGGGACAUUGUACCUCCUGGGAUGCGUAAUCGAUGAGAUGGGUAAAACGCAUUGACCUUAUUCAAGCUCGGUCAACGUCGCCAUAUAUAUAUAUGCAUGCAUGCAUAUGCGGGUAGCAGCUGCAGU